AUGGGUGAAUGCAGCCAGUUUGAUACCCAUGAGGUGCCCUUUUCCCAAAGACCCAUUAUAAUUCUCGGUGCAGGGAUCAUCGGUUGUGCGACUGCCCGUCAGUUAUUGCUGACAGGGUUUCCCGUGGUAUUGGUAGCCGAAUAUCUACCGGGAGACCAGAAUAUUCAUUAUGCAUCGGCUUGGGCAGGCGCAGCAUGGCAUGCUGCUGGGGGCAUCACUCCUGAUCAACAAUACCUCCAAGCUGUCACGCACCGUGUACUGCUCAAGAUGGCACAAGAUGGGCCCGAGGCAGGGGUGAGCAUUGUGAACGCACGAGAGUACCUCGAACAAAAACCUGCCCCGGACUCGGCGAUAUGGGGUAAGACGGUAGUCUCCAAGUUCCGUGAAAUGCGUCCUGGUGAAUACCCUCCCGAUUUCCACUGUGCCUGGACCUAUGAAACGCUAGUCACGGACCCCACAAGACAUAUGCCUUAUCUUAAAAACCAAGUGGAGUCUCUUGGGGGUCACUUCAUCCGCCAACGUGUCGAGUCUCUCCAGGAGGUGUAUGAGAUGUUCCCGGAAUCACAGGUCUUCAUCAAUGCUAGCGGAUGGGGUAGUAAAGCCCUGACGGAUGUGCAAGAUCACAAGUGUUUUCCGGAGCGAGGGCAGAAUGUGUUUCUGGCCACUGAUCAAUGCAACACACUCUACUUUCGAAAUGGCAAGGAAUAUACCUAUGUGAUCCCUCGGCCUCUAUCCGAGGGGGUGGUCCUAGGUGGGGUGAAGCAACAAGGCAACCUGUCACCUGAGGUCGAUAUGGAUAUUGCGAGGGAUGAGAUUACCCGUGCGCAUCGAUUAGCUCCUGAGAUUGUUCCCGAACACCCAGCUGCAGAUCAGGUGAGUUAUAUCAUUGGAAUCCGACCAUCUCGCAAAGGAGGGUUCCGUUUGGACUCGGAGCGAAAGGACCGCCGGGUGGUGUUAUCGGCUUAUGGGUUUGGGGGUGGUGGUUAUGCAUUUUCAUAUGGGAUUGCAGAUGCGUUGGUCAAGAUGGUGGAGACAGCGGAGCGUGAAAAUGUGAUCUUGUAG